AUGUCGCAAGAUGAAAUAAUCCCCAAGGGGUCUUCGUUGGAUACCCUACUCUUCAACCUCGAGUCCCUAAAAGGCAUCUCCGAGCUCUCAGAAGUGGUCACUUCUUACCUAGAAGGCGACUACAAACCUAUCCUGCGAAACCCCACCUCGCAAAGCCUAUUUUCCAAGCUGUCAGAGUCCAUCUGCCUUCCUCGAGCCCAGCAAGAUGCUGCUCUUCUCAGCCUCAAUUUCAGCAACCAGUCCUCGGCAAUCCUGGUCUUCGUUUCUGGACUAGCAGCUUUCAAUACUUUUCUGCAAGCCAACGUCACGGGACCACCGCUGGACCUAGGCGAUGUUUUUACAAUUAGUACCGAGUUACGGAAGCAGUGUUUGAAGAGUUUAGAGGUUGAUGGUGUGAGCGUUUAUCAGCAUAUCCCACACGUGGAGCUGUUCUGCUUUGCAAGAUUGGUCUUUACAGUAUUCUUCCCACGGCUUGUUCAAGCCGAGCUUUUGGAUUGCAAGUUGAUGCGUCUGAGGAUCAACGCUUAUCAUCAGCGUCUGUUAUCUGGGGUCUCUUAUGGGAGGCUGGUCGAUUCCUCGCUGUUGCAGAGUGUUAUUGAGAGGGAUUUGGAGGGUCUUGAGAAUGAGAUUUUUACAAAUGAUGGGGGUUUUGGGACGGAGGCUAGGGUUCAGUUUUUAUUGGAAAAGGCACAGAUUCAUAUCAUGCAAGGUCAGGAUUUCAAAGCCAAAGAAGAUGUACGGAUGGCUAAAGAGGCAUCGGGUUUCCAUUAUGCUCUUUCUGGAGCUCUGGGGAAGAGGACCAAGUUUCAGCAAAAUGAUCUCUCACAGUUGCUUGUUUUUGCAAAAAGCAGGGAAUGGAAUGAGAGCUCGACAGAGAGUCUCUCGGGAGCUUUAAAAGACAGCACUUUGUCAACUGAGGAUCGAAAGGGACCAGAGGCUUUGGAUUUGAACGAUGAUACCCUCCUCGAGUCCAUCAAAUACACGUCUGACAAAGUGGAAAACUCAGCCUUACCACCAGAGCUGGCUGAUUUACAACCCGACCAGCAACCGCAACUUAACCCCCUAGAUCAAAUCACGCUCCUCACAGAAGCCACUAUCAAAGACACUUAUUCCCCGCUCGACAAGCUCAACAGCGAAGAGAUCCUACCCUACGCUGUCCGCGUCCUCACGGACAAGCCAACAAACUGGCAAAUCUACACCCAAGCCCUGCUAGUCCGCAGCAGAAUCGAGUCGCACCGUUCACGAACCCAAGAACGCAGUGUUCUACAACUACAAAUCAUAGUGGACCAAAUCAUCGCCGACACGCAAGAAUUACCCUCAUCCGACGAAAAUGGUAUCCCUGAAAUCCGCGUCACGCAAUUCCUUCCCCGAGCAAAAGCAUCGGAAUCCGCCCCCGUCCCAGAAAGACUGCGCUACAUCUACCAACUCUCCUCGCCCACCCGCUGGGAAAUCGAGACCGAACUCGCAUUCGCCUGGUCCAGCGCCGGCUCUCUCGUCUCCGCCCUCGAGAUCUUCAAGCGUCUCAAGAUGUGGGCCGAAGUAGCUUUAUGCUACCACUCCGUCGGGCAAGAAGACAAAGCCCGUCAAGUAGUACGGAGACAACUAUAUCACUCUUCCAAAGGGCCAGAGAUGGACGUCUACGACAUCGACGCCGACGCCAUAGCCACGGAAUCCUGGGCCGGCGAAAUCCGCUCUCCAGCUCCAGCACACGCCCCACGUCUAUGGUGCAUCCUAGGAGAUCUCGAAAACGACCCCUCGUGCUGGGAACGCGCGUGGGAAAUCUCCAACCACCGAUUCGCGCGCGCCCAACGCACACUCGGCGAGUUUUAUUCCAAGAACGGGGACUUGGAAAAGGCGAGAGAAGCGUACUUGCUCGCCACGAUCGUGAACCGGCAGAACAACGAGACCUGGUCCCGACUCGGCGACAUUGACCUCGCGACGGGGAACUGGGAUGGUGCUAUACUAGCCUUUCAGCAGAGCAUCAUGAUCGACAACACGGACGCAAAAACAUACUCCAACCUCGGCUCCUCCCUGCUAUCCAAAUACUCCGAACUCAUCUCCCUCCAGAAACUAUCCUCCUCCACCGUAGAAACCAGCACGCAGGAAGAAGAAGAAGAAGUAAAAGAGAUACUCGAUCGACAGGAGAGUCCCAAGGAUAUCCUGCGGCAAGCCCUAGCGGCAUUCAAGCGCGGCGCAAGCAUCGCACACGACAACUGGAAGAUCUGGGACAACGUCAUCACGAUCGCUGGGCGCAUGACCCCCCCUUCAUUCCCCGAGCUCCUCCUAGGCCUCCGAAACGUAAUCCGGAUCCGCGCGCCCAGCGCAGGAGAAGAAGCCGUCGAUAUCGACAUCCUGCGUGCCCUGGUCGGCGAAGUGAUAUCGCGGGAAAGGGGCCAAGGCGAAGCAGAUACUGGCGUAUACGAACCCCCGCGCGGCAGCCUCGCGCGCGCCGUGGGCGAGAUGAUGAAGACGGACGUCGUGCCACUCAUCACGACGCGCGCGGAGCUGUGGACGCUGCAGGAGAAACUGGCGCUGUAUCGACGGGAUUACGGGGAUGCGCUGGCGUGUGCGGAGAAAGCGUGGCGGUUGGGGACGGUGGGGGAGGAGUGGUUGCGGGAGGUGGAGGGGUGGAAGGCUGUAGUGGGCGUGACGGAUAACCUGGUGAGUGCGUAUGAGAAUUACGGGACGAUGGAGAGGGAGAAGGAUGGGCAGGUGGGGGUGGUGGAGAAGAGUUGGCGGAUGAAGGCGCGGAGUGCGGUGAGGGGCAUUAUGGGACGCGCGAGGGAUAGUUGGGAGGGCACGGAGGAGUGGGGAAUGCUGUAA